AAGAAUAAUGACCGAGAAAAGGAACAAAGGAAUGAAACGCAAUCAUCAUUAGUUGAUCCUUAACAAUGUAAUGGCAAGUAGGACUGUGAGGAAAGUAAAGAGAAAUAAAAAGGACGCGAACAACUCUGAAGACAGAGCCUCGAAUACAACGAUCACUAAUCCAGACAAAAAAAUGAAACUUAAAACAAAGACAACAAUUAGUAACAAGAGUACAAUGAAUAAAAUGGAUAAACCGAUAGCAGCCGAUCAUGCAUCAGAAUUCAAUGUCACUAAACUCAUAGCAGAACUAUCGCAAAAUUCGCGAGCGUCGAAAGGAGAAAUAGAGAACAUACAAAGGAAAUUACUUCAGCAGGCAAACGAGAUACUGAAAGUAAACGCGUUUGCUAAUUCUCAACCAGUUCCGGAGAUCCGUGUCAUGGAUAACACGCAAAAGUGCAACGCGAACAAUCAUGUUUACGGGCGAAUACCUAUUGUAACACCCAGAAACAAAAUGAAUCCCGGAUCUAAUCACUUAGUUCAUAAUGUUGGGCGUUUAAUGAAUACAUCAGAUAGUCGCCAGGACAAUCAACUCGAGACACAACUAGUUCCCGAGAAGUUGCAAGAAAUUCCCGCGCUCUCCUCGGCCAGCGUCGGUGGAAUGAUAAAUAGUGACCAUGGAAGUAUGCAAAGGGUCGCUAUGACGGCGGCGGAGGCGGGAAGAGCUUUUUUCUACAAAACGGGUUCCGCCGAGGCUCGCCAGCCGGCCAGUGCGCGCGCCGCUCCAACAAGAGGCACACUCGACAGUGUCCCACCGUAUAGGAUGCCCCCAGCACCGGAGGCGGCGCUGCCUGGAGUCCCAGCGCCUCCCGGACCUGCCGCCCUGCACACACACUCCGCAAAAUUUCCUAUAGAACGAGAAGUGAUCUUAUCUUCAGGAGAAAAGAAUUCCAAAGUGCCAAUACUUCAAGAGGCUCGAAAACGCGGCAGACUUGGCGCCGUGGCUCCCGACACCCCACCAAAAACACUCUCAGCCUGGACUCACUCGGAGAACCAAGCCGGCACAUCGGCCGACUACAGACAAUACCACGAGAACUACAAUUACAACAUGCAGCAGAAUCAGAGUGGUACUAGAAAUGGCAACUACGAUUCUCCCAAACCCCCAGUGCCAGCCAAAACAUACGGCACUAAAAUUGACGCCACGAAUAAUUCACAACAGAUUACGGUUACCGUAGAGACGGGUAAAGAUAGCACAAGAGACGCACCGAGAAGCAACAAGUCCGUUAGUAAAACGUAUCACACACUGAAAGACAUGAUCUCUAGUAGAUUUAAAAGUAAGGACGGGAGUGAAGAUAAAGCAGAAGAAUCCAAUUUAAACAACAGUGAAGAGAGAAAACGGCCUGAGCCUGAACCGAUAACGCCGAGAGAUACUGGUCCCAGGAAAGUGGAGCAAGGCAUAUACGGACGACCAGUUCCGCAAAACAGGCCGGAGAUGCAAUAUAGUCAUGGAGUGGCUAAUAAUAUGGCGUAUCCAAGUCCAUCACCGCAUAGGCAACUAAUGCAACAGCAAAUCGUCCAACAAAAGAUGCUACUGAACCACCAAGCCAGGUCACAGGAGAUGUUGGCGUCGCCCCAUCGACCCCAACCUCAGGCGCUUGGUUCCGACGCCCUAUACCAGCAGUACGGACCUCCGGGACGAAGAAGCGCGGUGUAUCAACGGGACAUGGACGUGAGGUCUAUGGCCAAUUUCACAUCCUUGAAAACUAGUCCACAAACACAGUUCGAAUCGCAUUCAAGACCAGAUCUUCGAAGUCCACAGCAAUUAGAACGAGAGAUCAUCCGGCAACGAGGAUUAGUUGAAGGCAGACGGGCAGCAUCACAUCCUCAUCUACUAGAUGAACCGCAAUCGAGACCUGAAGCAUCCACUCCAUACAGUCAUGACAGAUCCAGGCGGAAUUCUCACGCUAACCUUCUAGAAGCAACUGAAGAAAAACUUCACAGAAACGAUGAAAGAGAAUCAGAUGAUGGAGGGUUCAGAGCUAGAUUAGCCGCACAAGGGAGGUCAAGUUUCGAAGAUAGAAUCAGGACGAGUGGUAGAUCUAUAGAAUCUCAGCGAAUACACGAAAAUGUAUACAGAAGAACGCCUGACAGCCAUAAUCGUAGGACGCCGGAUUCAGUGGGACCAAAACGCGAAGAUACUUUAACGACGGGACAGGCGGCAAACGAUGAGAAUGCAAGCCAAAAGUCCGCAGACAGCGUUUACCAUUCUAGUGGGAAAACUGAAGCAUACAAUCCGCAGCCCUCCUCGUCACGGCAAACCCCGAAUAGAAUAGAAGAUUUGAAAGCUACCGGGAAGAAAGGGGCAGGAUCUGGUGCCAGUUCAGACUACGACAAGAACGGCGGUCAGUCGUCGAAUGUGGACUCCGGGCGAGGUAGCGUAGCCUACUCCAGCGGGAGACGACCAGAAGCCAGUAUACAUGACACCUCCGCUGAUUCCGAUGCGGUCGGAUCGAGAGUUCAGCCCCAACCUGGACCAAGCCAGGAAACCGCUGCACAAAGCACAGAAAACGAAUGGGCCGAUUUAGUGGAAUGCGAGCUCCGUCAGAUUUUAGAACCGAAACUAUCCAGCAUGAGGCUUGACUCGUCAGGAAGCUCGGAUAGUUCAGUGACCCCACCCCUCCCACCGUUAUCACCUUCUUCAGACAUGCACAAGAGAAAUAGUCUACCAGGUCGUUCUUCGGAGUACCCUGAUGAGAGGAGACGAGGUAGAGAAUCGCCACGGUGGCAUUCACACAAGAAGCAUUCUUCGAAACGCGAUCAUCAUUAUAAAAAACAUUUGGUGGACACGACGGACAUGACGUCGACGACGACGCGCAGCCUGGACCUGUCGUCGCUGCUGGACGCGCGCUCGGACACGGACGCGAGCGCGGGGGACGCGCGCGCCAUCCGCCGUCAGCUGCGCGGCCUCGAGAACAUGUACGCGGAGGUGCUGCAGCUGCUCGGCGUGCGGAAGCCGGUCUCCGCGCACAAGCACUCCUGGGAGGCCAGGUUGUCGUCGAAGCGUCGCUAUGGCAGCAUGUCCUCGCUCCCCUCCAGCUCAGUGAGCAGUCGCCCCGUCAGGGAUAAGAGACGGAGCUCCAAUGAGCACAGGAAGAAACAGGACUACAAGGGUAUAAACAAGCGGUUCCAGCGGCUGGAGUCGCACGUGGUGACGCUGGCGCGCUCCGUCGCGCACCUGUCCAGCGAAAUGAGAACCCAGCACCUCGUCAUGCAGGAGAUGGACACCAUCCGCGCAGAGAUCGCGGCCCUCAGGCAUAUGUACAAGUCCCAGCAACACAUCCGUUCAGGUCACCAGCGGCAUUCGGAUCCGUAUUCAUUCAGUAACCCGGACAGGGUGAAGCGGCUCACCAAGUUCUUCGGAGAUGAACCGCCACUAAUGAGAUUGUUUCUGAAGAAACUCGGCUAUGAGAAGUACGCAGCGUUACUUGAGAAGGAGAAGGUGGGUGCUGCGGAGCUCCCAUACGUCGGCGAGGACAGGCUGCGGGCGCUGGGCGUGCCGCUAGGACCCAGGAUGAGGAUCCUCAAAGAAGCCGGGAUACAUCAGGAAUUACACCACUUAUCCAGAGACGACCCCCACAACACCACCACGACCCUGGCUAUUGUAUAAAUAUGUCAACAAAUAAAAAAAACUAUUUCAUUACCUCAUUUAAACUUAUUCGUUGAAGAGACGACAUAUUUUUAAAUUCAUUUCGUUCAAAAUAGACGUAAGCGACAAGUUAUUUGUCGUACGCCGAAAUUGAACUCUAAAUGCGUACAGAAGAAAACCACCGCUCUCGCUUUGGCCUCCCGCUGCGUCUGUAAAGUCAUCGCAGACAUUUUAGGUCCUACCAAAACUUUGAAAAAAAAAAGAAAUUUUUGAAAAUAGAAUCGCAAAUUCCACGACGAUUCGAUUUUCGUGAUUAUUCUGAAAUUUAGUGAAUUCUCUGAAACAAACUCACGUCGCCACAGCGAGGAUUCCGCUCUGACUAGCUAUUCUAAAUUCGAAAAUGAUUCCUUUUUUAUGGUGUUUUUUUUCCAUUACAAAAGAAUUAACACCAAGAUAUUCUUAAUGUGUAUAAUAUUUUUUUUACGAGUAACGCCGUGCAGGAAUAUGAAUAUAAAACUGUUAAUAAUGAUGAAUAAAAAAGAAUUGGCCUUUUCCGUCCGUGGUGGUGAAGAAAAUUCGAGAGUGGAUGAAUAAAUGUUAAUUAUUUAAUAUUAUGAUUUGAAAUGUUAUUUAGCGCUGUUUCCAUUACCAAUGAAAUUUAUCAUCGCAUUGUCGACGGUGCGUCAUUUCAUAUUAUUUGUUACAAAGCUAAAGCAGACAAUGAUAAAGAAAACAGAAUG